UUCCUCCGUGCAGGCUGCUUUCUCGGGAGCGUGUGCGCGCACUUUCCUUUGUGUCACUUCAAGAAGGGCUCUGAUAUUAUUAUUACUUUAAAUAUAGCUUGCCCUGGGGCGGGGAAAUGCACAAGGAAAGAGCCAGCGAGCAGCCUAUCUCUCAGAAGAAAAGAGCAAGCCUCGCAGCACAGGAACUGGCUUCACUCAAGUGUGCAGUUUAGAAGUCAAAAAACUAUUUAAAAUACCACCAUUGUGGAGGAGGCUGAAGAAAAAAGGCACGGAACUGGCUAAACACAGCGAAGAAUACUGUAAAGCAGGGUGCAAAGUGCAUCCAUUUGCGGUUUGAAAGUGGGCUCUGAAGUGCAAUGUAAGUCUUCCUUAAAUUGUAUUCUUUUAUAACAGUAUCUAGUUGUUUAAUUUCCAUUCUGAAGCCAUGCUGGGCCAAAAGGUACAAUUAGCUACAAAAAUCAGCAUGGAGCAGAAUGUGUAGUCUCUGAUAUGAGGCUGAAAAUGAUUCUGAAAUACAACAGAAGACAGAGACUAUCAGCCAUAUUAUGGAAGAUGCUCUAUAAAUAAGAGCAUAUUUAAUUAUUUCAAGAAAAAGACGCUGGAUGGAAUCAUUAAUCAACUUUCUUAAUAGAGAAGCAAGAGCUUUGCUGCUUAAUACAGGGAGAUAUUUUAAUACUGCUGUGUUUAAAAUUAUGUGAUAGCAGUUACCAAUAGCAAUAAGAUGUAGCUCCAGAGGGGAGUCCUAGUGGUUGCAAAAGUUUUAUGUCUUUUAUUUCUCCAACAUUUUUGCUCUCUGAAGCCUCAAGUCCACAUUCUGUAUCCUACAGCCUGGUUUUACUUUUCAGCUGGAUUUUCAAUAUAUGCCAACACUGGGCUUCCUCUGGAACUGAAAACAAAACAUUUCAGCUUUUGGAGUAAUUCUGGUAUGUUUUUCUACAUCGCACUAGUGGCAAAAAUACAGUCCACAAAAGAUUGUGCACCUUCAACUUCUGGCAUGGAGAGCUGAGGAAUAUAAUGCCCAAUGGUGACAAAGGGUGAUAAUUUCCUGUUUUUCACAAUUUAUCUCUGUGGUUUUGGACUUAGCAAUGGAUAUUCUUUGUGAUGGAGAGAGCUCUGUGAACCCAACUGCAAACUCCUUCAUACAAAUUAACCAUGAGAGAAGAUUCUACAGAAAUGUUUAUGGAGCUGGAGAAAUUAAUAUAUCACAUCUCUGCAACUUGACUGUGAACUCUGACAACCUAACCAAUCUUUCAUGUGAAAGUAACAUGAGCCCACCGUGCUGCCCUGCACAGAAAAACUGGCCGGCUUUGCUGACAGUGAUAGUGAUUGUUUUAACCAUUGCUGGAAAUAUUCUUGUCAUCAUGGCUGUUUCACUGGAGAAAAAACUACAGAAUGCCACUAACUAUUUUCUAAUGUCACUUGCAAUAGCUGAUAUGCUGCUGGGUUUCCUUGUCAUGCCUGUGUCCAUGUUAACCAUACUGUAUGGAUACGAAUGGCCUCUGCCUAGGAAGCUGUGUGCCAUUUGGAUCUACCUGGACGUGCUGUUCUCCACGGCGUCCAUCAUGCACCUCUGCGCCAUCUCGCUGGAUCGCUACAUUGCCAUCCGGAACCCCAUCCACCACAGCCGCUUCAACUCCAGAACCAAGGCUUUUGCCAAAAUCAUUGCAGUUUGGACCAUAUCAGUUGGUAUCUCCAUGCCUGUACCUGUCUUUGGACUACAAGAUGACUCCAAAGUAUUUAAGAAGGACGUGUUUAAGAAAGACAUCUGCUUACUCGCAGAUGAAAAUUUUGUUCUAGUAGGCUCUUUUGUGGCAUUCUUCAUCCCUCUAACCAUCAUGGUAGUCACUUACUUUUUAACUAUCAAGUCGCUGCAGAAGGAAGCUAUGCUAUGUGUGAAUGACGUUGGCCCUAAGACCAAGUUUACUUCGUUCAGCUUCCUCCCUCAGAGUUCCCUGUCCUCAGAGAAACUCUUUCAGCGCUCCUUGAACAGAGAUACGGGGACUUCAGGGAGGAGAACCAUGCAAUCCAUCAGCAAUGAGCAGAAGGCUUCCAAGGUCCUUGGCAUUGUCUUCUUUCUGUUUGUUGUGAUGUGGUGCCCUUUUUUCAUCACCAAUGUGAUGGCUGUUAUUUGCAAGGAGUCAUGCAAAGAAGAGGUCAUUGGAGGACUCCUUAACAUAUUUGUUUGGAUUGGCUACCUUUCUUCGGCUGUCAACCCACUCGUGUACACAUUGUUCAACAAAACCUACCGCUCAGCUUUCUCUCGCUACAUCCAGUGUCGCUACAAAGAGGAGAAGAAACCUUUCCAGCUGAUUUUAGUGAACACUAUCCCAGCACUUGCAUAUGACUCCAGACAGCUCCAGCUAGCACAAAUGAAGAGUUUGAAAAAAGAGGCGAAAAUGAUGGCUAAGGAUUACUCGGCGGUCACGAUAGGAGCACAUCAUUUAGAUGGUACCUCCAAGGGAAGUACCGGCCCAGGGAACGAAAAGGUUAGUGGUGUGUGAUGGUCAGCAGCUGCCAUGACAACCACUCUGUGUGUGCUGAAAAUUCCACCUGCUGUGAGAAGCUCUGAUAGCUUAGGAAAAUCAGCUGUGUUCAAGAGACCUUUCAACAACAUCAUGUACUCCUCACAUUAUCCUGUGGAUGAAAAGCAGGGUUGAAAGGGUAUCAAAUGUGCAAUUUUUUUUCAUACAGUAUGUCGGCUGUUUUAAGCACAGGCUUUAUUAAACUUAUUUUUUUAAUAUUCUAAAGGAUAUAUUUCUUAAAGAAAAAAAUGCAAUUUCUGGUAUUAUAAUAUGGGCUGUGAAGAAACCUACGCAUUUCUUUUCUCUUUGCAAAUGAAAGCUAAGCUGUCCUUUGAUGUUCUUGCAGAGUAGGCUCCAGCUAGUUUGUCUUGCUACAAAUGAGUUUUGUUAUCAUUAACUGAAU